AUGAGUCGAGAUCAGCCAACGUACCUUAUUCCAAAACGAUUUAUAGUUGUAGGGUUAUGCGCAGUGGCUUUUGCAAUCUGCUAUGCAGAUCGAUCGAACAUCGCAGUUGCGAUAGUUUAUAUGGCAAUGGAUUUUGGAUGGUCAUCAACGACACAAGGAUUAGUGUUAUCAGCAUUUUUCGUAGGAUACUUAACUACCCAAAUAUUAGGAGGAGCGCUAGCCGAUAAAUUUGGAGGAAAGCCGGUUCUAGCAAUAGCCGCAGCAACUCGGGUUCUUUUCACAUUAUUAACACCGAAAGCAUCCGAAUUUGGAUUGAAUCCUUUAAUAAUAUGUAGGAUAUGCGUUGGUAUAGGAGAAGGGGCGUUAUUUCCGGGAGUGCAAUCCUUAAUAGCAAAGUGGAUCCCGGCACAAGAAAGGUCAAGAGCCGUCGCCGUCGUAACAGGAUCAAGUCUUAUCGGAGCCGUCGUUGGACUGCCGUUAGCCACAUGGCUGGGCAGCGGAGUUUAUGGAUGGGAGUGCAUCUUUUACUUGUUUGGAACGAUCGGUGUGUUCUGGAGCUUAUUAUGGCAAAUUUAUGGAUCAAGUUUACCGGAUCAAUAUGAAGGGAUCAGUCAAGAAGAAAUAAAGUUAAUAGAAGGAAUCGGCAAGUUUGAGGACGAAGAAAAUCAUGUAGCGAAUGCCGAAGAUGGUGUAUCACAACAGGAAGGCGUUAGGGAUCAACACAGUAACGCAGAGGAUGAAUCAACUCCUCUAUUGGUUGAUAAUAAGAAGAAUGAUUCUAAAUUAACAAAUGAUAUACCAUGGAUGUUGAUACUUUCAAAGAAAGAAGUCUGGGCAUUAUUGAUAACGUAUUUUUGUAAUUCGUGGGGAUAUUUCAUCAUGUUGACAUGGUUGCCAACGUAUUAUAUAGAUCACUUUGGCAUUGACAUCAAGAAAUUGGGAUACUUUGCUGUCAUACCUUAUGCUGUGCAGGGUGUCAUGGGUUUUGUUGUCGGCACGAUUGGUGAUCACAUGAUUCAUAAAGUUAAAUUUCGAGUCAUAACCAUUAGGAGGAUCGCUCAAUCAAUUGGAAGUUUUGGAGUCGCUACUUUCCUUUUAUUGGCUGCGUAUUGCGCGUCAUCUCCAUUUGAGGGGAUAAUCUUAAUUACGAUCGGCAUGGGACUAAACACGUUCACGUUAGCGGGAGUAUCCGUAAAUCAGUUUGAUAUUGCCCCUAAAUAUGCAGGUAUCAUCUACGGUCUUGGCAAUACUUUAGGUGUGAUCCCUGGUAUUUUUGGCGUGGCAUUAACUGGUUGGAUUCUGGACGUAACAGGAAGAAAUUGGAAUAUUAUUUGGGAUAUUGCGGCUUCUUUAUAUUUUAGUUCGGCAUUAAUCUUCUUGGCUUGGGCUGGUGGAGAGGUCAUCAUUGAUUGA